AUGGAACCUCGGCGAGAGCGCAGGGUCCGGGCCCCCCGAUUCUCCGUCAGCCGGGAGGAGAGGGAGGGCCCCAGAGCGAGAAUCGGGGUGCGCGGGAGGGUGAACCCGCAGCAGCGGGCGUUCUUGGGGGCUGGGUGGUUCGAGAGACAGCAGGCCCCGGCCCGCCUUAGGCCACUCCCCCUAGCUAGCACCGCCCACUCGCGGGCCCGCCUGCCGCUCGCCCCACCCACCGGCCCCGCCCCUCCCGCCCGCAGCCCCCACCCCCCGCCCGGCUCCCUCAACACAAACUUUCCGUCCCGCUCGCUCCCUCCUCCGCGCCCAGCACCUCCCGCUCCGGCCCGGCUCAUUCCGUACAUUCCGGCCAUCCCCCUGCCCACGACCCCCCUUCCCGGCCCCCCUCACUACUCCCUCGGGCCCUGGCGGAGCGGCCCGGCGGAGCGCCCCCCGGAGCUCGGAGCAGGCUUAGGCCAUCCAGGGGGCUCAGGCCCAGAGCCCAGAGCAACCAGCACAAUAGCGUCCAACAGCUGGACCGCCAACAGCAGCCCCGGGGAGCCCCGGGAAGAUGGGUCCGAAGGCCUGGACAAGGGGCUGGACAACGAUGCCGAGGGAGUGUGGAGCCCGGACAUCGAGCAGAGCUUUCAGGAGGCCCUGGCCAUCUACCCGCCUUGCGGCCGGCGCAAGAUCAUCCUGUCCGACGAGGGCAAGAUGUACGGUCGAAAUGAGCUGAUCGCCCGCUACAUCAAGCUGAGGACUGGAAAAACCAGGACGAGAAAGCAGGUCUGUAGUCACUUGUGGGUUCUAGCCAGGAGGAAAUCUCGGGAGAUUCUGUCCAAGCUGAAGGCUAUGAACCUGGACCAGGUCUCCAAGGACAAAGCUCUCCAGAGCAUGGCAUCCAUGUCAUCUGCCCAAAUCGUCUCUGCCAGCGUCCUACAGAACAAGUUCAGCCCACCCUCUCCUCUCCCCCAGGCCGUCUUCUCCACCUCCUCAAGGGUAGGGCUGGGUGGGCUGGGCAUCAAGCCCUUUGCACAGCCUGCCUACCCCAUCCAGCCUCCCUUGCCGCCGACGCUCAACAGUUAUGAGUCCCUGGCCCCGCUGCCCCCAGCUGCUGCCUCUGCCGCCUCUGCGCCUGCGUGGCAGGACCGCACCAUUGCCUCCUCCCGGCUCCGCCUCCUGGAGUACUCAGCCUUCAUGGAGGUGCAACGGGACCCUGACACGUACAGCAAACACCUGUUUGUGCACAUCGGCCAGACAAACCCUGCCUUCUCAGACCCACCCCUGGAGGCAGUAGAUGUACGCCAGAUCUACGACAAGUUCCCCGAGAAGAAAGGGGGGCUGAAGGAACUCUACGAGAAGGGGCCCCCGAACGCCUUCUUCCUUGUCAAGUUCUGGGCUGACCUCAACAGCACAAUCCAGGAAGGCCCUGGUGCCUUCUACGGGGUCAGCUCGCAGUACAGUUCAGCCGACAGCAUGACCAUCAGCGUCUCCACCAAGGUGUGCUCCUUCGGCAAGCAGGUGGUAGAGAAGGUAGAGACGGAGUAUGCCCGCCUGGAGAAUGGCCGCUUCGUGUACCGCAUCCACCGCUCACCCAUGUGUGAGUACAUGAUCAACUUCAUCCACAAGCUCAAACAUCUGCCCGAGAAGUACAUGAUGAACAGUGUGCUGGAGAACUUCACCAUCCUGCAGGUGGUCACAAGUCGGGACUCGCAGGAGACCUUGUUGGUCAUUGCUUUUGUCUUUGAAGUCUCCACCAGCGAGCAUGGGGCACAGCACCAUGUGUACAAGCUUGUCAAAGACUAGCAUGCCCUUGACCUCCACAGGAUGUGAGAUGGACAUCCUCCACACACCUGCCUGCCUGGUCGCCUGGGUGUGGGUUGGGGGACUUACCCACCCGUGGGCUUCAGGCUGGGACCCAGGCUGCCUCCCUGGCUCCAGCACACACGCUCCCUGCCACUGUUCUGCGCUUUACUGGAGAGAAGAGGGCUCCACGGGGUGACUUGCCUGGGCACUGAGCCACAGAUGACCAGGCUCCACCUGGCCUCAAGUGACAUCAGAAUCGUGCUAUGGAGGGCACCUUGGGGCUCAGUGUAUGGUCGCUGGCCUCUAGGGGAAUGUGAUGGGCAGGUGAGGGUAGCAGGAGACUGGGGAGAGACAGCUUGCAAGGAGGCCCUGGUACAAGGUAUCAAGUUGGGGGGCAGGUUGAGAAGGGCCCAUACUUCUUUGUACCUUCUGGGUGCCAGCCUGUUCCCAGGCCCCUUACCCAACAAAGUGCCAAGAUGGAUGCCCACAAUCGGACAGAGCUGGAGCCUAGGUUCAGCUACCUCGCUCGCAGAGCUGGGAAAGGGCUGUGCUGUAGAAUGUGCAAAGCUGAGCGGAAGCCUGGACAGGGCUCUACUUCCUGUUCGCCCCAGCAGACCAGCCACUAGGCACCCUUUCCAUGUCCUGAAGACAAGUGGCAGGAACAGGAGGCUGCCUCUGCCUUCUCCACAUCCAGGUACCACCUGGGUAUUUAUAUGAGUUUCAAAUGAAGUACUGUGCCCCUCCUCAUCCAGCCCGAGCUUCCUGAAGGUUUUCACCGUUGCGUACUGCUCAGGCCACCUCCAAACCCCACCUAUGUUUUAUAACAUGUAUUAUAUAUAUAUUUUUGUGUAUUUUAAAAAUCCAGCUGUGAUGGGCUAUAUCAUAAAUGGCUCAAAGGCAGGGGCUACUCAAGGCCUGGCUCCUGCUUUAAAAAAAAUUAAAAAGCUGUAUCUGGGUCAAGA